AAUAGGAAUCGGUAUCGUUUUCUGAUGUUUUUCGAUGAUGAUGAUGAUGACGAAGUGGAUAUCAAUUACCGAGUUCGUAAUUAUCAUCCGCGAAUAAAUUUCAAUCUACCAACACCGAAAUUGUUUCGUGAGAGUUUUCGAGUUGAUCGACAGGUCGUCGAAUGCAUAGAAAGGCACAUUGGACAAUUUAUUCAAAGGGAAACACAUCGAAGCCAUGCGUUAUCCGUUCGAGAACAAAUUUUAAUUGCACUCCAUUUCUUGGGCAACGGUUCGGUAUAUCAUUUAAAUGGUUAUUCUAUUGGUGUGACAAAGUCAACUGUCUGCAAAUGCGUACACCUCGUUUGCCGUCUAAUAAUGCAUCACCUCAUGCCACAAUAUGUACGCUGGCCAACGAACCCAAAUGAUAUAUCAGCCAGAUUUGCACGAAAGGCAGGAUUUCCGUUUGUAAUGGGUUGUAUCGAUGGGACACUGAUACGUAUUAAUAGUCCAAGUGGCCUUGAUGAAGCCGUAUAUGUGAGCCGUGAUAACAAACACUCUAUAAAUUUACUUUUGGUAUCUGGGCCAAGCCAUGAAUUCUUCUUUGCUUCGGCUAGAAGUCCAGGAAGUUUUCACGAUGCCCGAGCACUUCGAAUCUCAUCACUAUGGCAAAAUUGGGAGAUGAAUGGAUGGCGACCUGGGAACGAUAAUCGAUCAAUUAUUUUAGGAGACUCGGCGUAUCCUUCUACGAGUUGGUUGAUGACUCCGACGAUACGAGAACCAAACAGGAAUAUCCCUCACUUACAAAAUGCAAUUGAAGAUUAUUUAAGCAAGCAUCGCAAAACUCGUUUUAUGGUCGAACGUGCAAUUGGGAUUUUAAAACAACAGUUUUAUUGUCUUCGCUAUGGAUUUCGUUUUGUAACACCACAGAGAGUCAGUACUGCUAUAUAUGCAUGCAUAACAUUGCAUAACAUGCAGAAUUUUUUCAAGCAUGGAUCGUACGAUUAUGAUGAAGAGCUAUUUCGUAUUGCGAAUGGCGAACCCAAUGAGGCAGUUGAUGAUGGAAACCCAAACCAACACGAUGUGGCUGGAAACGUUGUAGCCAUUGAACGACAACGACAAUUGCUCGAAUAUUUUGCAAUAAAUUGA